AUGACGGUCUCAAUUGCCUUUGCAUUUUGGCUUUCCGAAGGCCCGAAAUGUGCUGUCCAAUCAUAUCACCCCGAUCAGCGGGCCCUGCUACACGUGUACAACGUAUUUUCGUCGAAACAUGAGGCGCUGGAGGCUGCGGCCAGCCCCUUCCCAUCAUCGAGCGCAAUUGACUUCUCCAACAACGCGAAGCUGUCCCCGUCACUUCUCAUGACUUGGCCAGGACUGCCGGUAUUGCACAAUGCCGCUCCGAAUCCUUCCUGCACCCGACCGACCACUCACGGCUAG